AUGAAGAGGUACUUCGCUAACUGUAAUACCAUUACAGAGGUUAAUGACAGGGAUGUUAUCCACCACUUCCACCAAGGCCUCCAUAGCAUCGAACUAUGGAGGAAGAUGUUCGAGAGCAACCCCAAGACCGUUGGCGACAUGAUGGCGGUCAUCAACAAGCACGCGGACAUGGAAGACGCCGAGCGAGCUCAUUGCCGGCACAAGACCAAGAACAACUCCUCUGAGCGUCCCUCCCAGCGGGACAACCGCCCGGAACGACGACGCGAUGACCGUCCAUCUCGCCACGGGAAGAAACACGACCAUGCCGAGUCGUCCAAGAACCGGAACCGCAAGCGUGGCCCCAAGAACACCGUCGCCAGGAGGUCCCAGUUCCGCUCCACCCUCAACCAAUCGGACCUGGAUCGGCUCCUAGAUGGCAAGUGUCCUUGGCACAAGGACGCGAACCACACCGCCCGGGAGUGUCGAGCACUCUCCAAUGGCGUCACCAAGGACGACGACGCCAAGCGACCCUGCCACAACGACCGCGACAGGCCAAGUGGUUCCAGAACCACCCGGGCACACCCACGGAAGCGCAACUCACCCAAGCGAGACGACGACGAGCAGAGGGAAGAUUCCCCAGGGAACUUCCAGGAAGAAGACAGGGCCGUCAACUUCAUAUUCGGCGGCCCCAGCAAGCCAUCAUGCCGGUGCAAGCUCAAGCUGGAUGAUCGUGAAGUCAACCUGGUGUUCAAACACCCGGUUGAACCCCUGCGGUGGUCAGAGACGCAGAUCACCUUCGACCGUCGCGACCACUGGGUCCACCUACCCAGGCCGGGUGCUUACCCCCUCGUGGUCAGCCCGGUAGUUAGCCAGGUCCGCCUGGCCAAAGUACUCAUUGACGGCGGCAGCGCCCUCGACAUCAUCUUCGCCAGCACAUUGGAGAGCAUGGGCUACGACAUGACCACCCUGGUGCCAUCUGACCAGGCCUUCUACGGCAUCAUCCCUGGAGCCGGGUUGACUCUGGUUGGCCGGGCCACUCUACCGGUCACCUUCGGCACCCGCGACAACUACCGCACCAAGUACAUCAACUUCGAGGCAGCAAAGAACCUCCCGGCGGACCAGCAGCAAAUCCCCGACAAGGAGUUGACUUCCGAGUCGCAGCUCGCACCAGCCGUGGCGACCAAGGCCAUCGUCCUCCGGGACGAUGAGCCGCACAAGACCGUUGUGAUCAGGGCCAGCCUCGACCCGGCAUAG